AUGACUGAAGCCAACCUGGUAGAUGCAAUUGCAGGCUCCAAAACUAAGAAAGAUAUACUUUUUUCAUGGAUUACAAAGAAGCUUGAAAUAGUUAAUGGAGAAGAGCUUUCAGACGAGAACCGACAGGUUAGUGAACUUUCUCGAAUUCAUGAUGAUUCAGAUGCAUUUAUAAGGUACAUGGCUGCCCAGGAGGAUAAAGAUGAUUUGGAUUCUCAUGAAAUUUUCAUCUCUUUCUCACAGCUAUAUUGCUCAUGUCUGGUCCGAUUGUUGAACGAGAGACCUGGCAAAAUUUAUGAUUCUGCUGAAUUAUUAGCAAAAGUACUAUCAGAAGACGAUGUUACCAUCGAGGAACUGAGUGAUAAUGAUAAGAAAAAGAAGAAGAAAACGAAUACAAAACGAACCUAUACGUUCUCUCCAGCUAAAGACCUGGCAUGCACAGUGCUCAUUCAAAUGUACGAAACAUUUGAUCGUCAAUUAUCAUCACUAGCCCCACUACUAUACAGUGUCAUAUUCAAAAACUUGAAGAAGAUAUUGGACAAGAACAAAUACCUUCACGCGACUUUCAUGACAUUGCUGCUGCAACUCGUCAGUGCGAUUCUGAGAAAUUCUGGAGACACUGCAUUUUAUAAUGAGUACUUCUCAAAGUUUAACAAAUAUUCCAGGAGAGUUUUCGAAGAGAUUUAUUCAGAUACCCAGGAUUUUCCGACUGAUGCUGUCUCUGCUAUUAUGGAGAUUUGGUCGGAUCAUUUCAAACAGGAUACCUUCAUAAAAGAACACAAGGGUGAUCUGCAAAGCGCCGUAAUUGCAAAGUAUGUCGAGGGUGAAUUGGGGAUAUUUGGCUUUGCUAAUGACCAGACUCGUAUAGUUAUUGCUCGGACUCUGGCAGAAGUGCUAUUCCAUUAUUACUUUGUGGCCAAAAUAUUGAAGACUGAGCAAAUCUGGGUAUUGUAUGGUCGGAUUUUCACAUCUUCUUCCAAGAGGGACGUACAGGCUGGAUGCUUUGAAUCCAUCAUACAUUUUAUAGGGUUAUCUGCCGCUACUGAUGGUAAUUUCCUCGACGCCUCCAACUAUCUGGAGAUUAUAAGGGCCUUGGCCGCCUUUAUUUUUAGCCCAGCGCGAGUCAAUGAUCAAUCUCUGGACACUCUAGCAAGAGAUCUAAGUUUUUUCGAACAUACUCAUAGGAUUGUUCUGCCGCGCAUCGGUGAGUCAAGCAAAAGUCUCAUGUUAUUUCGAAUUUUGUAUUCUAACGAUGAAAAUACGAAACAAGAAGAUGGAAAAUCAAGCACAGCGGUUGUUAACAUCAAUUCUGAACAACUGUGGUUCAAUCUUUCCCAAUUGGAUCUUGCGCGCUUUUUGAUUUCAGACUUGUCUUCAUCGUUUGGAAAUGAGAGUCACAUCGUUGCACAAAUUAAGGCAAAAUUGAUAGAACUCAGUACGUGCGACAAUUUCACAAUCAGGAUUCACGCAUCUGAAGUACUUAAGGCCUUUCUGCUGAAUUUUCCAGAACUUCUGACAGAAACGAUCGAAACUUCGUUGGAAGCUCUAUCUAGGAGUUUUGAGAUAACAGGAGAGUUCCCAUUCCCUGAAAAUCACGGGCACUCGUUAAUAGUUGCGAACCUAGUUGACUGCGCAGAUAAAAAGUACGUUUCAUUCGAAUUGAUCAUGAGGAUAACAGUUUUUGCAACCUCUUUCAUCAAAAAUCAUACAACUACGACCACAGACCCUCUGUACGUCAAAUCCUUACUAUGCUGGAUUUUGUUGAUAGGUUCCCUGAACUACAAAGAUGAUCAACAUCUACAGAUGCAGUCCUCUCAACUUUUCCUUUUCUGGAAGGUUCUGCUCACCCACACCUACAGUUAUCGGGAUGAGGAAGAUCUUUACAGAAAUCUGGAAAUCAGAAAUCAUGCAUUAACAUGCCUUUUGACCUUUGUAAGUAACGCUACUAUUAACGGCAAUUUGGCGAAGCAGGUUUCCUACUUACUGGUCAAAUGCUCAAACUUCAAUCAUUCGAUUGUCCAAAAAUCAUCGAAAAUUGACAAAGCAUUACUCACAAAUGAGUUAAGGUUGCUGCAGAUUUAUCUGAGACUUGAAGAGUUUGUCAAAGGCGAUUUCAGUUGUUCGCUCCUGAUUUUAAUCAUGAAGAAUUUCUCUGACCCUAAUCUUUAUCAUGAAACUAGCCAUUCCGUUUUAAGUUCUAUUAAAAGUAUUGGCGAAGGGAAAAAAACGUCAAAAGUCGAGCAAAGAGAAGAUAAAGUGUUAGAGACAUCCGUUGCUAGCGUUCUCCGUCAAAGCGAUGGUUUUGCUUUUGGAAUAUCCAGCAAAAUCAAUCUUUCAGGCGUUUCAAGACUGUACAUCACCUCCCGCACAAAAGGCCCUCAAAAUUUCGACGGGAGCUGGGCAUCUAAGGAUCUAUACUGGUACCAUAAUUUUGAGCUGGAAGUAACGAAACCAAUCUCUUCUAUGUUAUCGUUGGAUUAUUUCAUAAACUUGUAUUCUCCUAAUGGCUAUUCAGAAUGUGACCAGUACUCACCCAGAAUAACGACAGCGUUGAUCGAUGCAUCAAUGGAGAUUUUUUCCGUGAUAUUUCCAAACUUGAAUGGCAAGAUUCAAUUCUCCGUGCUUGAGAGUUUGAACACGUCCAUGUUUUCCAAAACAACAAAUCCCUUAAGGACUGUUGCCAUAGCGGCGAAUGUGUUAGUUUCCAUUAACACAGCAAUGAAGAUAAUUCAUGAGAAAGAGAUGUCGUUGGAUUCCGACGUUGGCAAACUGUUGCUAAAAUCGAUAGAAAAGAUUGAAUUCUACAGCGAUUACUAUCUCAUGAAUUUGAAAGCUGACUGUACCGGGAUGAUUUGUGCCGCGAUCAGCCGAAACUCUUCCGAGGAAUCAACCCAUGAUUUAAUUGCCGAUCAUGUUAAUAUACUGAUAAAGAAUGUUGUGGAUGUAGAGGAGCCAUUUAUGAGGGUACUGCGUGCAAUGUCCCUAGUCUCAAUCUACAAAUAUAACUCAGCGAGUGCUUCUUUCCCCAGGAUAUUCGAAGUCAUUUUAGCGUUAGUACAGGACCCUCACCCUGUUGUACAUUCCUGGUCAUUGAGAGCCAUGCAUGUAUUAUUGGAGAAAGAAACUACGAUAGACGUAACGCUGGCGUCCAAUCUGCUAAAAAUCCUUCUUUUUGUUCUAACUGAAUCCUCGUACGGCAUGCAUGGUUCAUCAGUUCUUCGACACAACUACAACAUUGAGUUUAACUCUCACAUUGUCAUUGGGGAAAUCACCAAAACAUUGGCUCUGACGAUUGGGCCAUCUAUGUCAGAACUUCCUCGAAACGCCAUCGCAGCGUUUAAAAACCUGACAUACUCACUAGUGGUUUCCCAAAGUAUUACCUUACAAUCACUUGCGCUGGAUAUUUACAACAACUUAUCGGCCUUCAAGUUGAAAGGUAUUUUGCAAGAUCAAAUUAUCCUCAAAAUGGUUAAUUUCACCCUUGAUGGAGCAAUCAUGAUUGGGUUUAGCUCUAAUUACUUCAGCCGCCACUUGACGCAUAAAAACGAGAUUUUCUCCAUCACUUCAAGCCCCGAAGGAGUUUCAAAGUGCUAUGACCUGCUUGAUAACUUGGUGAAGUUGCAAAAGGGGCAGUUGUUCGCCAAAAAACUUGAAUCUGUAAGUUGGCAACAUCUUGACCUAAACCCAUCUGAAUCGGUAAGUAGGUACUUAUCUGUAUGGAUGGACGAAUCAUACGGAUGCGAGCUUGGCUGGUUUGACAAAUUGUACCUCAUGUUUAACAUGAAUAGGUCCAAGCUUUUCCAGAGCUACUAUAAUGAUGUUGAAGAUAUUCUUAAUCAUAAAGGAUUGGAAAGGGUUGUUGCCAACGCAAAUGAUGAGGACAAAAAACAAAUUCUUGGGCAAGCCCGUCAACAAACUCUGAAGAAAAACGUUCAGAGCUCUUCCGACUCCAUUUCUUGGCGGACUAAAAGGUUCAUCCUCCGUUUGAUCAAGGACUUGUGUCUUACCUCUACAAAGCUUCCUGGUCUCUCUCUUUCAUUGAGCCAGAAGAUACCAGAGUUAAUAAGGUUGUCCUUUCAGGCAUCGACAAGUAGAAUUGCAUCAAUGAAGGCUUUAGGACUGGAUUUGCUGACAAUUAUUGUGGAGCAUUAUUCAGACGUCGAAGAUGCCGAAAACCCAGGCCAUUCCAUUUUAGAGCAACAAGAAGCCCAGAUUAUCAGUGCACUGAUGCCUGCCUUCGGCUCUGGAAGUCCGCCAGAUAUUGUUAUAUCUGCACUCAAAUUAUCCGCCGAUCUAGUGUCAUCUGGAAUUUCUCCACUUAAGCGGAUGGGUCGUGUCUCCCAGCUUCUAGUUGAGUUUCUAGGGGUCUUCGACGACAAAAGCUCUGUUAUCAAAGUAAUGGACAUCCUCAUCGUAACGCAGAAGACCAGAAGAAAAAUGGAACUGACUACUUUGAGUGCAUGGGCUCAAUUGGUCCAAAAAGGUGUCUCGCUGAAGAAGGAGGAGCUGAAGCAAUUCACCGAAGAAUACUGGGAUGUGCUGGUUCCGUUGUGGAUCUUGUCAUUACGUGAGUACGUUAUGAUCAAAUAUGAAAGCCGGAAAUCGGAGAUAUCAAAAGGAGGGAAGGUUAACGAAUCUCAGAACAGUAAGUUAGAACCUUAUGAAGGUGUCUGGCUGAACAUGGUUAUCGCACUGAGUUGUGUACUAGAAGCCAAACCAGAGGUUGUUUUGUCUUGUUUAAACAAGACAGAAAUAGAAAGCUUCAUGUUCAUUUUGUUUACACAAUGUGUUGAAGUUUUAGUGAAGAAAAUGGAUGAACGCGACCUGAAAGUAAAGGUUUUAGCUACGUUGCACAUUAUUUUAAAAUGUGGAGUACCAUUGGAUACGUUGUUCGAGGAUGGGGCAAACGAAGAAAUUGUUGGAAUUCUCGAUCGCUUGAUGAUCAUGGGUAACAAUGAAGAGAGGCUUCAGUUGAUAAAAGUUAUCGAUGACCUCAUUAAAAGAUAUAGAAGGAUGAAUAACAACCACGACGCCUUUUUACAUGGAAUAGAUAAAGUCUAUGAACUAUUGAGGCUACUAUUAAUGCCCAUUUCGGAAAUGCUUCCGUUCAUCAAAUACAAUUCAUUUGAAGAAGACGAAGAGAAAGACUUGAAGCUCAAUGAUCAGGAUCUUGUAUUGCUAAGGGAAGCUUUUUCCGUGCUGGAAUCCAAUGUAGUUGAGUUCGACGAUAUUUUUAAGAUUGACUUGUACUCCUGUCUCCUGUUCAUUGUUGGACAGAUCUACCAGUCGGAAGAAAGAGAUAAGAUAUUACCGAUAAUAUAUCCUCUUCUGCGAACCAUAUCGAAAGAUCUAGCAACUGCUAAUGAAGAGAGCCCCCUUUUAUCGACUUUCUUAGACUCAAUUAAAACUGUUGUUUUAGGGAAGCUAUCAUCUGAAAAUCAGUUGGCCAGCAUUUUGAUACUGCUUACGAGUGGAUUCAACGGGCUUAGCCAGGACUAUCUAGACUCUUUUACGAGCAUAUUGGUUAAAAGUUUACGAAAUGAAGAUACUCGUGUGAUUGCGACUCAUGGAUUCAAAUCGAUGGUGAAUAACGGAUUCCAGCAUUCCUGCUGUCGGUAUAUAAUCAAAAAAUCCAUUUCAGAAUUUUCUAAAUGUAUUGCCAACGAGAAUGCUGAUACAGGGACUAAAAUGCUGGAUAUCGUUGAGGCUUUUGCAUCCAAAUAUGUGCAGGGGGAAUCGGAAAUGUUGGCUACUGCAUUUGCUUUGAACUUAUCCAUAAUUUUUGCCUACUCUGAUGGUAGGUCAAAUGACGACGUGGCAGCUGCCAAGAUAAUGGCUUUGAUUAAACUUGAUAAGCAAACAUUCAGGAGGGUUAUUCACGAUUUCAUGAACGAACAACAAAAAGCAUGCUUAGAACAUAUGAUAGAAACCUCUCCAAGUUUUGCUUCCACCAUGGACUCUACUGAAAACAUAGGAUUGGAGUUAAGAAGCUUUCGCUGA